AUGUCACAGAAAGAUUUGAAUUUGAGACAGUGUAGAUGGCUCAAGUUAUUAAAAGAUUACGACUUGAUUAUUGACUAUCAUCUAGGAAAGGGUAAUGUUGUUGUUGAUGCUUUGAGUAGAAAAUCUAUGUUUUCUUUACGAGCAUGGAACACGCGAUUGACGUUGAUUGAUGAUGGUAUGAUUUUAGCUGAAUUAAAAUCUAGACCGACAUUUUUGCAACAAAUUUGUGAAGCUCAGAAAUAUGAUAAUGUUUUGAUAGUUAAACGAAAACAGAUUGAGGUGACUCCUGAUUCAGAUCUUCAUGUUGGUUCUGAUGAUACUUUGUAUUUCAAAGGAAAAAUUUUUGUGCCGAGAAAGUCUGAUCUCAUUCAGAAGAUUUUACAGGAAGCUCACAGUAGUAGCUUCUCUAUUCAUCCUGAUAGUAAUAAAAUGUACGGCGAUUUGAAACAACUGUACGGGUGGCCAAGUGUAAACUGA